AUGGCCGAGUCUAUAAUCCUCUCAGCAAGCAUUGAUAUGUCUUUCAGCGGCAACUUCGACAAGACUUGUUGUAAACCGCAGGUUGGUCUAGGGAUUCAAGUAUGUGCGCAGGUACUGGGCAUUAUUGGGUUCACCCGCGAAGAGCACCGACAUUGCAAUCUGCUUAAUGCCGCCGUGGCUAUUACUAGGAGCAACGAGUUUGACUCGCACUGCUGCCAAGACAAUACACCUCUCCUAGGGGGGCUGAACUUAUUCGAUCCCUUGCUUCCCGAUUGCAUAACCUUUGAUCCAAACUCCCCACGUUCCUGUUCAGAAGCUAACCAACUGCCCGGGUGUGCUUGUUCCACCAACCACAAAUACGGUACAAAUUCCAACGAUGCAGUCGUUGCUAAUUUGGGAGAGUUCAGUACAACCUGCUGCAAGCAGAAUUGUCUCACGCAAACGAAGGAAGAAUAUACAAUAGAGGUGUACCGUACAUGUCAAGCCUCACAUAGUGGAAUUCUAUAG